AUGACAAAUAGACAUAGUAGUAAGAGUGGGGGCAACGACAACAGUGAUGGUAAUGGUGGUGGUGGUUGUGGUGGAGUGGCAAUGGUGGUUGUGAUUGCAGUGGCAAUGGUGGUGGUGGGCGGCAAUGAUGGUGGUAGUGGGAGUUGCGGUAAUGGUGGUGGUGGAAUCGAUGGUGGUAACAAUGGUAGUAGUGGUGGUUGUGGCAAUGCUAGCGGUGGCAGUAAUGAUGGUGGUGACAAUGUUGAUUAUGGUGACUGUGGUGGAGGUUAUGGCUAA